AUGCAUUGUAGUGCAGCAUAUAUUGUUGCAAUUGUGAUAACUUUAUGUUUAACAAUUAAUGCUGAUAAUAAUGUUAACAUUAAUGAUGUAAAUACUGAUAAUCUAAUGAUAAGAACAAAUAAUAAAGAAGAUCUUGUGACGUCAGUGAUUAAUGAGUGCUCAUCGUUAACAUGCGUUAAAGAUAAAUUUUUAAGUUAUUUGGAUUCAUUGUUGGGAUUUGAUGAAGAUGAAAGCAGAAAUUAUCAGAAUGAAAAUUUAGACGAACAAAUUUUCAAUAGGAUGGCUAGACUUUUAACUGCAAGAAAAUACAGCUUUAAUUUUGGUGGCAUACUAUUUUCUUAUAACCCCAAAAGUGGAAUUGAUUUAGAUUUACCCGCUGAAAAUGAUGAAGAUCAAGCUACUUCCCAAGCAAGGGGACUCCUUAAGAAAAAGCUUUUAUUGCCAAUUUUGUUAUUAUUAAAAUUGAAACUAAAAGCUCUAACACCAAUUAUUCUACUUGCCACAGCAUUAAAAUCAUUUAAAGCCUUAGUAAUGAGUAAACUUGCAUUGCUUGGAGUAAUUGGCUUCUUGGUCUAUGAAUUGGUUCUUAAAAAAGGCGGUAUGAAACCUCCAGCAAUGAUGACCGUUGAAAGCACAACACCUGAUUCAUAUGAUCCAACAUGGAAUCAAGAUAACGGUGGUCCAUAUUCACGUGUAUGGACGUCGGCUAGCAAUUCAAACAGUGGAGAUUCAUCACACAACCUUGCAUAUUCAGCAUACUAUCCCGUUCACAGUGGCAUUUCUACAAGAUCACCACCAUAACAAUCAUAAAAAUAGUUAAUUUAUUUAUUUUUAAUAUUAUUCGAAUUAUAGAACAACAAAAAA